CUUUACCUGGUUGAAUUGUCAGAAGUGGCUCUGCAAACGCAUACCUACCAGUUUAACAACACUAACAUAAAAGAGGAUAGCGACUGGCCCUCAUUCAGUCAGGCUUCGAGUCUCUCCACGAACCGACGUAGCGCGCCGCUGGCGACAACACACACCACUCGAAAUUCUGUUUAAAACUCAUAUUAUUUUAAUUUAGUGACCAUAUACCACGUCCGUUCAGGCAAACCGCAGUUAGGCAACCAGACGACGAACGAGUUUCCAAAAUACCAUUUGUGCUUGCCAUAAGGAUUUCACGGACGAUCCAACAUGUUCAAAAUAGUAGCCCUCGGGUUGCUUAUAAUUGCGACGGUGACUGGUCAAUGCUUCUAUAAAGAUGAUUCAGCUAAGAAACUGGACCCUGAGGCUCGCACGUCUCUUUAUAGGGGCCAAUUGGAGUUCACCCUAAAUUUGUUUAACUCCAUUAAUGACGCGUAUCCCACCGACAAUAUAUUCUUUUCGCCUUUCUCAGUAUACCACUCUCUACUGCUAGCUUACUUUUCUGCUGGGGGCCAGACGGAAGCGUCUCUGAAGGAGUCACUACAGAUAGAAAAAUCUUUGGAUAAAAUCAAUUUGAUAUCAGCAUACAAGGUAGACCGCCGGUCCCGCUUGACGAAUAACAACAGCGCCAGCUAUGAGUUCAACAGCGCCAACAAAAUGUUCAUCGAUGAAACGCUCGACGUCAGGCAGUGCUUGCUCGACAUCUUCGAGGACGAACUAGAGAGACUUAAUUUCCACGAAACGCCCUCGGAAGCACGCGAGCACAUUAACAAGUGGGUGGCCGCGGCGACGAAGAACCAUAUCCAGGCGUUGAUCCCGGAGGACGGCAUCACGCACACCACGAAGCUGGUGCUCGCCAACGCCGCCUACUUCAAAGGCGUCUGGGCCUCUAAAUUCCCCGCAGAAAGGACAAAGAAAGAGGCUUUCUUUGUUUCUGAAACUCGUCAAACGCUGGUACCGUUUAUGAAGCAGAAAGGCACUUUCCAUUUCAUGGUGAGCGAAGACCUCGGUGCACAGAUUCUGGAGCUGCCCUACAAAGGCAACGACAUCAGCAUGUACAUCCUCCUGCCGCCCUACUCUAUGAAGGAAGGUGUGAAGAACAUCAUAGCCAACCUGACACCCGAGCGACUAGCCGCCGUAGUGGAGGAAAGCUACAUGGGCCGCGAGGUCAUCGUCGAGAUCCCCAAGUUCACCGUUGAGAAGAGCCUGCCCCUGAGGCCAAUCUUGCAGUCUCUGGGAGUAGGCGACUUGUUCAACAGCACCUCCGACUUCACGACGCUGACGGAGGACCAAGUCAGCUUCGACGAUGCCGUCCACAAGGCCAAGAUCCAAAUCGAUGAAGAAGGAACCGUGGCUGCAGCGGCAACGGCCAUCUUCGGGUUCCGGUCAUCGCGGCCCGCGGAGCCCACCCGCUUCGUGGCCAACUUCCCCUUCGUGUACCUCGUGUACGAGCGGCCCACCAACUCUGUCCUCUUCAUGGGCGUCUACAGGGACCCUAAGAAGUAAACAACACACUUGGUACAAAAGUGUUUAUUUUUGCGUUUUUUAGACCUAUAACUAGUAACUAUUUCAUUUUUAUACUCAAUUAAUGAGCUCUAUGCUGUAGAUAUGCAUGGUGUUUUUCCAACCACUUGCAAUUGAACUAACCAUGAUAUUGUGAAAUAAAUGUAUGUUCCAUAGUAAACUUCGAGGUUUAAUCGGCGGACAUUAUUUUGUAUUUUUUUGCUGAUAUUGGGUUGGUUCAUAUCUAUUUUUAAUACCAGGCGUUGGAAUUACGCACUGUGUUUUAGCAGCACACUGUACUGUUUAUCACCAACAUAAAUUAUACAGAAUGAUUUCUGGGUCGUGAUCCAGAACCACUUUUUCUAAAUCUAUAAAUGAUUCACAUUAUCAUACGGUAGUAUUUGAUUUAAAGAUAAUUAGUUUAAUUUUUAUUAUUUAUCAAGUAAAAUUAAUCUUAUAUGAAGUAAUCAUGGUCACCCUAUGACUUUUGACAUACGCUGUAUGGAUAGCGACAAUACGUUACAUUGAAGUAGGGUGACCAAAUAGUAUGCAAAAAUGUUUUUUUCUACUUGUCAUCUGAAAAAUAAUCAUAAUUAUUGGUGAUAAGAUAAUAAAUAAUGAGCAACAUCAUUAGAUUUAUCUUUGAGUUAUGUGUGAUGUCUUGUUUUCUUGCUCCACGACCCCGAAAUCACCCUGUAUAAUCUGUUUUUCUAGUAAAGAAUCAGGAAAAAAUGCUAUGAAUGUUCAGAAUAUAAAUAAUGAAUAAAGUAUAGUGCCACUAGUGUUGGUAAAACUCCUGUACCGUCUAGACUUAUUUAGGCAUCAUAUUAACACUAUUUCGACUACGCUGUCAGGAAUUUGCAAUCAGACCAGUGAUUUAUCUUCCUUAUUAAUUAGAUACAUCUGCAUUAAAGUCUGCAUAGACGUGUGAUCCAUGGCAGAGUCAUUAUUAUCCACAGUAUGAAAAUACUCGCAAUAGCACCAUUACAGUAUUUAUCAAACUCGAAGGGUAGGCUGACACAUGUCAAAAAGCAAUUAUAGGGUUGUGAAUGUGUCAGUGGAAACUAGAAACAAUUUGUUACGAUUCUUGAUUAAAUCUGCAAAGGUAAUAUAAUUCUAUUGAGUUCCGUUUUACGUAAUGAAACUCAACGAUAUUAAAAUUUAUCUUUUUAUUUUUAUAACAUAAUAUAUAUUUUGGUGAUUUGUGUCUGUUAUAACGAGAUAUUCCAAGCUACGAAGAUAUGUAUUUUGUCCUAUUGGGAUUCGAGUUAUUUUUGUUAAAAAAGGACUGGUCUAAAAUGUUAAUGGCAUGGAAAAAAAACAUAUGUCACCCUAAUUUAACGUUUGAAAAAAACUAUACCGGGUCGUAUUUUAAAAUAGUUAACCUACAUUUGUGUAGAGUUAAUGAUUAUAAUGAUAAUAGAUGUACAGAGAUUGAAACACGUAAGUUCCUUUUUCUGUGUAUUGUCACUAAGACAAAAGACAUUAAGGUACAGGUAUAUAUAUUUCAAUGUUCUUGUAUGUACUCUGGGGCCGGAUAGACAUCUACGAUAAAUACGUUCUCGUAAAGACUAUUAGCAGAGUUAGGCAAAAAAAUACAUAGUUUCACUUUAUUCUUAAUCACAUCAAUUUGAUUGCGAAUCCAAUGACAUUCCAAAUAGAUUGAAUUCGCUAUGAUGAAAUAAACUCAUAUAGUUCCUAGGCUAAUACAUUAAUUAAUAAUACUUACAUAUAUACCUUGUAGUAACUCAUUUAAAGGAGAUAAUUCAAUCAGAAAUAGUUCAAUCAAAUUAAAUAAUCACAAUUGGAUUUAGUUGAGUGGCGAAUCUUUAGUUUCAUUCAGUACCUAUCGGUAACGAUUAAUUACUCAAGAAAUACUUUGAUUGAAUUUCAUUUCGAUUUAAUCUUAAUCACGAGUGCCCAAUUCUGACUACUAGAUAAUAUUAAUAACCUAUCGCUGUGACAUACAUGUUUAUAAGCCUACAGAUCGAGAAAGGAAGAAAAGACUUUAUAUCCGAGAAUAUAGCCACGAUUUUUACCUACAACUCCGUUAGAUACAACUUACUUCCUGAUUUCUACAAAAUUUGUAGAGUGACUAAUUCUCGUCAUCUAGUUUAAACGAAUAAAAAAACUAAUUUCUUAGUUGUAUUAGGAAUGUAAUUAAUAAUAUAGGUAGUUUUAAGUUUUAUUAUGUAUACCAUUAUUUGUAAUGAGUAAGAAUUCAGGUGAGACGUAAGUUUAAUGUAAAAAUAAUUUAUUGGAAAUUAA